AUGGAGGCUUCUUUCGAAUACCAGCAUCCCUACUCUGUUGCAGGCCUAACAAUAGUAUCACCAAACAAUAUUAACAAUGAUACUAAUUUUUCUUCUUCUUCUUUACCCCUUUUAGCCGUUCACUUUCAACUUCGUACUGAUGAACAAUAUUGGUCUACACCAUCAGUGGUACACCAUCAAACUCAUAUCAAAUCACUUCGUGAUCUCAAAAUUCACCCUUCCAUAUACAUGGUAUACGACACGUUCUACCAUUUCAUGCAAUUCCAUCUCGAGAAUUGGGGCCAGGAGUUUGAUCGGAAUUAUCGCCACCUGGUCAUCCGUGAUAUGAUAAGCACGGUACAUGAACUUGUUGAGGAUGAGUCAAACAAGGGUCGCCAAAACUUAAAGGUGUAUGUUAAUGUAUCUUUAGCUAUUGACCAUUUCCUUGAUGAGAGGGAUUUGUUAGAAGAAUCAACGUCGCGCUUCAAUGAUGGGAUGGUACCUGCUAGUAAGUCAUCUAUCAUGGGGUUGCCAGAGAGAAUGGAGAAUGAUGAAGAUCAUCAAUGUACAGAUGAUGACUGUGUGAUCUGUUUUGAAGAGUUUGGCAAGGAGAGGAAGAUUUUGCGCAUGCCUUGCUUGCAUAUGUUUCAUGGAGAAUGUAUUACAACCUGGUUAGAGAAGAGUCAUUGUUGCCCUAUUUGCCGCUAUGAGAUGCCAACUACUGAUGAAUUAGGCUCCUAG